CUCAAUACCCAGGUUCAAACAGUUCAAGUGGAUCAAUGUAGAAAUAUUAAAAUUCAAUUCGAAUCCGCCAAGGACUUUCACUCUCUCGUUUGGAAUAAUACCAAAGAAAUCAUGUUGAAAUUGUUGGAAGGUGGUGAAGAGAAACAUGUGUUAUCCACGGGUGACCCUUAUAUGUCAUCGGAUGAAUCUACCAACAUCGAAGAAGACAAACCUCUUAAUCCGUAUCAAUACAUAAUUAGGCUAAUCAAUGAUCAAUUGACAACCGAAGAGCUUAUUCGCGCCGAGAAAGGAUUCCCCACGACCAAACGUGAAUGGACUGAUUGGAAACGUAAAAAUAAUAUCUCUUGA